AUGCCACUUUCCAGCCUGGUCGCACGCGCGGUAUCGGGCUUCAAUGGCGGUGAUCCGAGCAAAUACCCUGGUGCAUUCCCUCCGCCACCUGGCGUCGUCCCAAACCUCAAGAAUCCGCCUGAUGCCGGUCGCGUUGGGGGGGUCUCAACUCUCGUUGUGUGUCUGGCCGUGUCAACUAUCCUGUUUGCGAUCCGAUUCUAUGUCAAGUUGCGCAUUACGCGGCGGUUCCUGCUGGAAGAUUUGAUCCGUUAUGGCUUGGGCCACCAUUCCUGGGAUAUACCAGUGGACGAGUAUUCCUCCAUGCUCGAGUGGCUAUAUAUUACAUCCAUCAUUUACGAGCCGGCCGCAUUCUUCACGAAGGUUACCCUUCUCCUCCUUCUCGCACGUGUCUUCGCCGUCAACACAAAGCUCGCCCGCGGAAUCUACUACUUCAUCCUCGCGCUUUUCAUCGCCUACAUCCCGAUACUGGGCCUCAAGAUCGGCCUAUGUGGCCCGCCAAGUGCCUUCUGGGAUCCAACCGUCCCAGGGGAAUGCUUGGAUCUUCGGAUCAUAUUAGUCGUCGACGUCGCAUUCGCCAUCGCCACCGAUUCGUUGAUCUUUUUCAUCCCGAUUCCGAGUACAUGGAAAAUGCGCAUCAAUUGGCGGAAGAAGAUCAAGAUGAUUCUCCUAUUGGGGGCAGGCGGCACUGCCGCCGCCGUCACGAUCUAUCGUCUGAUAAAGCUUAUACAAUAUCUCGAGUCGAAGGACGUUGCGUCGGACUUCAUGCUGCUAGAUAUCCUGACCAUACUCGAACUCACCAUCGGCCUUUCAUGCUCGUGUCUUCCUGCCCUCAACAUCCUCAUUGAGCACCACCGUCAUCCCGCCCUGAGCCGGAAUUCGUCCCGUACCGGCUUUCGAAGACCAAUCGGCGACGAAGACAAUCCGACCAAAAGACUGGCUUGGAACUGGCUGGGUACUACCUUAUCCAUGGAACCGAAAUGGCCACCGGCGACCUCUUCCGUAGGCUCAAGAACUAUCCCGCGGAGAGCGACCAAAGCCUCAGGGCAUACAAACUUUGACAUGGAACUCGCUAUUCUCUCCGGCCGCCAGAACCGGCCAGGAGAGCCGAGGGAAGAUGGAGAUGAGGCAGCCGAGACCCCUCCAGACACCUGGUUCUCUGGGCGGAGAAUGACGGCGUGCGACGGGCGGCGUGAAGGCUGGCUACACUCGUGCGCCCACGUCGACCAGGAAGGCGAGGAAGUGCAACAAGCCGCGGAAGACGGAGGCAGUGACGAAACAGGCGAGAGCAAACGGUCGCGGGACAUUUCCGCACGUCUUGCCGAAUUCAGCGGCAACCAGCCGUGGGGAGGUAUCUGGGAUGGCAGGAGCAACCAGGUGGGAUCUUCCACCCACGUAGGCUCAGGGAGCAGGCCACCAAUACCCUCGGGCAUUAUUCUGGGAUUAUGA